GACCUUCAAACCGGCGGCGAUUGUCAACAUGGCUCCUUAAUCAAGACCUCAUUCAUGGUCAAAAGCAGAAGGUGCAGGUGACUUGUAAUUGUUCAACAUCGUGAUGUUAACAAUAAACGCGGAUGGAACUUUCACCAGAUACUUUGGAUAUGGAGACAAACUUUGUUCUUGCUACUUGAAUUUUUUUGAACAAAUAUAACUUUGUAAUUCAAAUACUCUAACCACAGAGUUAUCUAACCAAAGAUUAAAUUCAUUACAAUACAAAUUUCGAUUAAACAUGAUCACUUCAGUUGACCAGAUGAAUUCCAUCCACAAGGUUGACAUGUCAGGCAACAUUUUUGACAUGAAUUAUUCUUCUUGGAAUGUACGUUGCAUUCUGAUAGCUGCUGGUUUUCUAUUCUAUUUCACAGUAUUCAUUCUUUCACAUGGAUUAUGCCUUAUAUUGUCUGUUACCUACUGUACUCUGCCAGCAAAAGAGAAAGUCUUCUGGAAUCUUGCUGUUACUCGUGGUGUUUUUGGAAUUCAGAGCAUGGUAGCUGGUCUUUGGGCUCUCCUUAAAGAUUCAGAAUUGCAUGCUGACAAAAUUUUAGGUCAACGGAACUGGUGUUGGUUUAAUAUCUUAAUAGCAAUUGGCUUCUUUAUGAUGGAGAAUGCAGCUCUUCAUGGAUCCAAUGCAAUUUUCAAAACAUUUGAUGUAGCACUGGCUGUCCACCACUUUUUUGCCAUUUCUGGUUUUGCCACCAAUUUGAUAUGGGACAAUAUAGGUCAUUAUUUGCCCAUGAUGAUAUUGUUACUGGAGAUGAGCACUCCAUUCACUUGCAUUUCUUGGAUCUUAUUGAAGGCUGGAUUUGCACAUAUCCUCCUCUGGAAAUUAAACCAAUGGCUCAUGAUCCACCUCUUCCACUGUCGUAUGAUCCUUACCUAUCACAUAUGGUGGGUGUGCUGGCAGAAUUUGGAAAUGAUCAAACUUCAUGUACCAGUCCCACAGGCAGUGCUGUUCUUUUCUGGACUUUUUCUCCUGACCUUUAUAAUUAAUCCUCAUUGGACACGGAAAAAAACAAUGCAGCUUUUUAACCCAGUUGACUGGAAUUUUGCGAAGGAGAACAGCAAGAGGGUGAAUGGUGAAAUGAAGAUUUUGAAGAAAACAAUGUGACUUGAAAUAUCAGGCUAUAAUUUGACCGCAAAAGUGCAAAAUAGUAUUAUUAAUGUGCUAACAUGUAGCAAGUCUACGCAGUGAUGUUAAUAUUCAUGCUCUUGGCUUUAGAGUCUGACAUCUAAUAUGGUGGUAUGUAUUAAUUAUCUCAUCGUAAAUAGAUCUUUUUGUACAAGCAAGAUUAUGCAAGAAGUGUUUUCAAAUUGAAUACAGAACAAAAGAGUCUAGGUUAACAAAGUUCAGACAUUGGCUUAAGCAACAGUGUGAAUAUUUGCUGAAAUUGGAGCACUUGCUUGACAUCACCCUCUUGAGAAUUUUGUUUACGAUGGAAGUGUAGCAUCAAGGUGAGUUAAGUCUUUCGGAAAGUUCAGUUUUUUUAAAGAAAAUCUAUUUGUAAAAUAGUAAUAAAUCUCCAUAACUUAAACAUGGCAGUAUAAAUCCAAAGAGUUUGUGCUAAAUUGUUACUUUAGUUUUUCAUGUGAACCUUUUUGGAUUCCUUGCUGUUUGUUUUCUACAUGAGAAAAUUUGACACAUGUAUUUACACAAAUUAUGUAUUUAUACCAACUUCACAGGGAUGGAAUCAACCAAAAUUUUGUGCAAUAAUGUGAUAAUUCUAUGGGGUGUUGUAAUUGCAUCAGAGAAGAAGGACAUUUGGCCUAUCAAGUCUACACUGACCCUCCAAAGAGCAUCCCACCCAGACCCAGCUUCCCACCCCAACUCCACAUUUGCCAUGGCUAAUCCAACUAGUCUACAAUUCCCUGAACACUGCAGACAAUUUCAGUAUGGCCAAUCCAUCUAAUAUGUACAUCCUUGGUUUUGUUUUUGAAUUUUAUUGCCUAGAUGCUCCUGUGGAGCAAUGAAACCUAAUUUUACAUUGUUACCAGCAGUGGCUUAGCUGGUUAGCACUGAUUCUGCAGAAUGUUCUGGGUUCGUGUUUCACUCCAGAACUUGAGCAUAAAACACAAGACUGACAGUUCAUUGUAGUACUGAAGAGGUGCUGCACUAUUUGAAGUCCCAUUUUUCAGAUGAGAUGUUAAACAGAUACUCCAUCUGCUCCCUCUAGAUCCUGUGACAUUAUUUUGCAGAAGAUCAGGGGCUGAGUUAUCCACUGUCUCCUGUUUCAAGUGCAUUCCUCAAACAACAACAGCAAACAGAUUACCUAGUCAUUAUCAAAUGUUGUUGAGAUCAUUUUGUGUUCAAACUAACAACUGUACUUCCUGUAUUAUAGCAGUGACUACACUUGAUUGGAGAGAGAGCAUGGUGGAGUGGCCUAUGGUUAAGGAUGCGAGAUAAAGUUGUCUUUUUUAAUUGGCAUUAAUGCAGUAGUUGGUCUAAAAUUCCCAACAAUUUAAGACAGCUGUUUACCUUUUAUGUUUAAGAAAAUUAUUGUCCUUGUGCUGCAUUGAUUCAUAUGAAACCUAUUUUUGUUUCUGCCUGGAAAAUUCUACAAGGUUUGACAAUGGAAUGCGAUUCAUUUUGUUUAGCAGCCAUUGAUAUGCUUUAUUUUCGAGAUGACAUCCUUGUGUCUCUCCAAUGUUAUCUAUAUCAGUUUUACCUGUUUCUAAAUAUGUUUAGACCAUUUAAUUGCUUUGUUGGAUCUUUAAUUUGACUUGUGACUCCAACGCAAGCUUUGAUUUGGAAAAGAUGGACUGUAGUGGUGCAAGAAAUGUGGCUGAUCACAUAAGGACAAUUGGGCUUGAGUAACAAGUGCUCACCUUCAAAGAAUAAAAAAUAGAUCCAGGAUCUUGUACUCUGUAAAACUUGCAGAACAUAACUUUUGAGUUCUUUAAUUUGAUGCUGUUAGAUCAGUUACUUUAGAGAAACAUCGCUAUUCGUAUUUCAACAAUGUGUGUAAUCUACAGCACUUUAGAUAGUGGUCUGAAGUGUUUUGUGAUAAUGAAUUGCUUAUUUAGCUUUGUUGUUUUAAGGCUACUCUCUGAAUAAGUAAUCUUUGUUCAUUGUAAUUGCUUUUUUACAUUUUUAACUCCAGGUCAAAGAAAUUAUUAUUUUUUUAAGCUUUUGUAUUUGUAAAAACUGAUUCCAAUUUGUAUCUGGCUGUGAAGCCUGCACUGAUGGAUAGUAUUGGGUGUGGUGUAUUCAAGUAUACAGACUUCUGCUUUGGAUUUGUGAUUAUUUUGCCAUGGAAAAGAUUUAGGACUAAGUUGUAUUGAUGUUAUUGGUUUUAGUACUAUGUACCCAUAGCAAUAGAAAUAAGCAUAUUAUUAGAACAAAGAUGAUGAUUUUGAUAAAAUGAAGACUGUAGAGGGGUAUCUAAUGCCAGACCUGAGUUUUUCCAGCAUAUUGUUUUUGGUGAUCAUUUUGAUAACUUGGCUGUGGCUUGCAACAGUCAUUCAUAGCAUGGUGAGGACUGAGGUUCUGUAAUCUGUUUGAUUCAUUGUUGAGAGGAUAGUUGCUGGUGUAAUUAACAUCUUCCUCAGAUUAAUCCCUGAAUGGAGAACAUGUUUGAGGAAAUGGCCUUCUCUCAAUUACUCUGCUCGAAAGAAAUAUAUGUAGGCCAGUGUGGCUAAAGGUAAAUGGUAGAGGGAGCCACUGAGUGAGACAGAAAAGAUGCAAGUAUACUUGAUGAAGAUAGUUGCUUAAGGCUGAGUUAACUGAUCAUGUUCUAACAUAAGAAAAUGUGGUUUUCUUCAUCCAACUUGCUACUUGUGAUGUUUUUUAUUUUAUUUAAGAGUAGGAAUUAAAAUUUGGAUUAAUGUGAUUGACUAUAACCAUUUGAACAUUUGUGAUAACUUGACAAAA